AUGGCGUGCGGCACGAUGCCGACGAUCGCGGCGCGCGGCGCCGUCCUCCCCGCGACGGCGUCUUCGCGGCGCGUCGCGGCGGCGGCGGCGGCGCGUCGAGCGCCGCGCGUCGCGCCCGCCGCCGCCGCGCGAGGAAGACGCCCGCGCAUCGAUCGCGAGUGGACGAUCGCGGCGUCGAAGGAGGACGACGCGAAGACGAGCGGCGACGGCGACGGCGACGGCAAUGCGUUCGACAGCGCGGACGACUGGAUCGCGAACUGGAAGGCGGGGAACUUCCCGCGCGCGAAAGGGUGGAAGUACGGCGACCCGUCCACCGCGGGCACCGGCACGUUCUCGGAGGAGGUGGGCGCGGCGUCGGCGUCGGCGCGGGCCUCGUCCGACGACGCGGACGACGACGCCUCAUCAGACGACGCCGCGUCAUCACAAGAGACGUCGUCGUCGCGCGAGGACGCGUACGGCGGCGAUCCGAACGCGUACGCGUACGUCUUCUGCCACAACCUCAUGUCCGCGCCGGACGACUCGUUCGCGUGCAUGUACCUGCGCGACGUCCUGCGAGCGGUGGACGUGGACCUCGUCGCCCCGGACUUGACGGUGAUGGACGACGAAGACGGCGGUACAGCUGGCGCCGCGGACUUCACGGUGUCGACCGCGGUCGCGCGGCUCGCGGUCGCCGUGUCCGCCGCCGCGAACGCGACGUCGCCGCCGCGAAAGGUGCGACUGAUAGGCAGCAGCCUCGGCGCGUACGUCGCCGCGCUGUACGCGAGCUACCCCGAGAACGCGGGCGUCGUGGACCGCGUCAUGCUCCUCGCGCCGACGUUCAAGCCGGUGGACUGCGUCGACGGCUUGGAGAAGGCGCGUUCUCCUUACACUGUGAACAUGCGACGCGGCGCGACGGAGAACGCGGGGGAGACGUCGGGGACGCGGCGGCUUCUGGAGGUUGGCGGGAUGGGACACGGGAUCGAAAACGCGCUGCCGCAGAUAAAGGCGAAGCUCGUGGACUUCUUCAAGCUCCCGUUCUCGCUUCCGGAAGGGUACGAGUGA